AUGACCGAGAUCCCGGUCGUCGACUGCUUCGCCAGCGAUGCUAGCGCCCAGCUGCGCCACGCCUGUACCACGGUGGGCUUCUUCUACCUCAAGAACCACGGCAUCCCCGCGGACCUCAUCGCCGACGUCUACGCCGAAAUGCACCAUUUCUUCCAGCAGCCCGUGCAGGAGAAGCGCAAGGUCUUGGCGAACGAGUACAUGCGCGGCUAUACACCGAUGAGCGAAGAGACGUUGGACCCAGCCGUGCAAACCCAGGGCGACACGAAAGAAGGGUACUAUAUCUGCCGCGAGCCCGUCCCAGAAGACCAUGGCUUGCCUCUCCAUGGCCCCAACGUCUUUCCGGAUACGUCUACGUACCCGCGCUUUCGCCCGACCAUGACCAAGUACUUUGACGCCAUGUCCACCUUGGGCUGGCACGUCGCCCAGCUCUUCGCCGAGGCCGCUGGCGCCCCCGGUGCGUUUGAUGGCCCUGGCAUGUUUGAUCGCCCGAUGGCUGCGCUGCGCUUGCUACACUACAGCGACCACACGUCAGACGUGGACGGCGGCGUCUUUGGCGCUGGCGCGCACUCGGACUAUGGCCUCCUCACGCUCCUCUCCACGGACGACCAAUCGGGCCUCGAGAUUGAGUUGCAAGGGCGCUGGGUGGCCGUGCCGCCGCGCGCCGACUGCUUCAUUGUCAACAUUGGCGAUUUGGGCGAGCGAUGGACCAAUGGCCUCUUCAAGUCGACGCGCCAUCGCGUCGUCAACCGCGUCGGGCGUGAGCGCUACUCGAUCCCGUUUUUUUACGAGCCCAACUUUACGUGUCUCGUCGCCUGCCUUCCGUCCUGCGCUGCACGUGGCACACCGCUGCCACCCAUCACGAGCGGCGACCACCUCUUGGCCAAGUACGCCGAGACGCACGCGUCGUUUGAACCGCAAGCGUAG